GCCCUUUUCGCACCGCUAUCGCCGUUCACUAUCUUUACGGCUAGCGAAGGGGAACCAUGUCAGGCACGGGAGGUAAGCGUGCCUCUGGAGGGGACAGCCCCCCUGGCCCCCCUGAAAAGAAGAUGAAAAAAGAGGAAAAGACUACGACCACCCUCAUCGAGCCCAUUCGUAUUGGGGGAGUUUCAUCCACGGAGGAAAUGGACAUGAAGGUCCUUCAGUUUAAGAACAAGAAGCUGCUUGAGCGCCUUGAGCAGAGGCAGGCAAUGGAAGAUGAGCUCAGAGAGAAAAUUGAGAAGCUGGAAAAAAGACAAGCAACUGAUGAUACCACACUUCUCAUUGUUAAUCGUUGCUGGACCCAGCUGGAGGAAAAUGUUCAAGAGUUACUGCAACGUGUUGAACCUGAGGUUACUCCAGCACCUGUGCAGACUCCUGUUAGUCCCCCAGCCUCUGUCCCUACUACUGCAACAGCCCCCUCACCUGCCACUGAUGUUCCUGCCCCUUUGCCAACUCCAGUGGAAGGAGAGGAUGGGCUUCCUCAGCCUCUGCCUCCAGCGGAGGAGGAACAGCAGCAGACCGAACAGGUACAGAAGCAGGAGCAGCAACAGGAACAAGAGCAACAGCAGGCUGAUGCUGUGGAGAAGCCUCCUGAGGAGCCAGUAGGGGAUGGAAUACUUGCUCCUCCUCCACCUCCUCCAUUAAGCGAGAGUGCAAAGGCCUUCCUCUCCACUCUGGAUAACAGCAGUGAGGAGGAGCUCAGUUUGCAGCUGCAGGAUAGAAUGCAGUUCAGCAAGGGAGCAGUAGCCUGCAUGGUCUGCAUCUUUGACCGACUGCACAACUCCAUUGAAUAUCUGUGCUCUCGUGUACAAACAGCAGUAUGUGAGGAUGAUGCUCAGCGAGAGGUUGUUGCUACGACUCGCACACUACUAGAAGAGAAUAAUAGACUUCAAGACCUGGCUUCCUCCCUUCAAGGGAGACACCACAAAAUGUCAUUGGAGUAUAAUGAACUGGUUGACAAAGUCACAAGUUCUGAGACAAAAGUAUCUGAGAUGGAGACAGCUGUGGAAGACCUGCAGUGGGACAUUGAGAAACUCCGCAAAAGAGAACAGAAGCUCAAUAAGCACCUAGCAGAGGCUCUUGAACAGCUGAAUUCGGGCUACCAUGCCUCUGGCAGCUCUGGUGGCCUACCUGGAGGUCAGAUUACUCUAAACAUACAGAAGUUUGAGUUGCUGAAUGCAGAGCUGGAGCAGAACCAGGAGUUGGCCAAUAGCCGCAUGGCAGAGCUGGAGAAAUUGCAGCAGGAGCUACAGGAGGCAGUUCGGGAAAGUGAGAAACUGAAGAUUGACCUUCGGAACAUUCCAGAGGAGGUGGUGAAGGAGACUCCAGAGUACAAGUGCCUCCAGUCUCAGUUCUCUUUGCUGUACAAUGAGUCUCUGGGAGUGAAGACCCAGCUGGAUGAGGCCAGGGCCCUGUUGCUUACUGCCAAGAAUGCUCACCUAAGGCAGAUAGAACACAUGGAGAGUGAUGAGCUGUCUCUUCAGAAGAAGCUUCGAACUGAGGUCAUCCAGUUAGAGGACACGCUAGCUCAGGUGCGCAAGGAAUAUGAAAUGCUAAGGAUCGAAUUUGAACAGAACCUUGCCGCCAAUGAGCAAGCAGGUCCAAUAAACAGAGAAAUGAGACAUCUAAUUAGCAGCCUUCAGAAUCAUAACCACCAGCUCAAGGGGGACGUGCAGAGAUACAAGAGGAAGUUGCGUGAGACUCAGAUGGAAAUCAACAAGUUGAAGUGUCAGAGCGGAGAUGCCAGCAGUGUGCUGAUGUUGGAGGAAAAUGUGAAUGAUGGGGGACUGGAUCUGAAAAAAGAGGAGGAUGAUGACCAAGAAGAAGAGGAGGAGAGGAGGCGAGAGCUGGAGAGACAAAGAGCCCGGGAGCGUGAGAGAGAGGCAGAAAGAGAGAGGGAGAGAGAAAGAGAGCGGGAAAGGCAGCGCAGUGAGGAGCUGAAGAGGAAAGACUCUGACACGCUGAAGAUGCUCAGGACAGAGCUCAAGAAAGCUCAGGAGUCUCAGAAGGAGAUGAAGUUGCUGCUCGACAUGUAUAAGUCUGCACCAAAAGAGCAGAGGGACAAAGUGCAGCUGAUGGCAGCUGAGAGGAAAGCCAAGGCAGAGGUGGAGGAGCUGAGGCAGCGGGUACGGGAGCUUGAGGAGAGAGAGAGGAAGGAGAGCAAGAAACUGGCUGAUGAAGAUGCUCUGAGGAAGAUUCGAGUGGCUGAGGAGACUAUUGAACAUUUGCAGAAAAAGCUUACUGCCACUAAACAAGAGGAGGAAGCCCUGCUUAGUGAGAUGGAUGUGACGGGUCAGGCCUUUGAAGACAUGCAGGAGCAGAAUAGCCGAUUAAUGCAGCAGCUGCGAGAGAAAGAUGAUGCCAAUUUCAAGCUGAUGAGUGAGAGGAUCAAAUCUAACCAGAUCUAUAAGCUGCUGCGAGAGGAGAAAGAGGAACUGGCUGACCAGGUGCUCACCUUCAAAACCCAGGUUGAUGCUCAGCUCUUGGUUGUACAGAAACUUGAGGAGAAGGAGGGCAUCCUGCAAAGUUCACUGGCUGCUCUGGAGAAAGAGUUGGCACUACGCACACAAGCUCUAGAACUCAACAAGCGCAAAGCGGUGGAAGCAGCUCAGCUGGCUGAGGACCUUAAGGUUCAACUGGAACACACCCAGGCCAAGCUGAAGGAGAUCCAGACGUCAGUGCUGGAGAAUCGUACUGCACGAGAGAGGGAGAGCGGCAACCUCAAACGCGCACAGGAGGACUUGUCUAGACUACGCCGAAAGCUGGAGAAGCAGAAGAAAGUGGAGGUAUAUACUGAUGCUGAUGAGAUAUUGCAAGAGGAAAUCAAUCAGUACAAGGCUAAACUACGUUGCCCCUGUUGUAAUACUCGGGAUAAGGAGACUGUGCUUACCAAGUGUUUCCAUGUCUUCUGCUAUGAGUGCUUGAAGACACGCUAUGACACUCGCCAGAGGAAGUGUCCUAAGUGCAACGCUGCUUUUGGAGCCAAUGACUUCCAUCGCAUCUACAUCACUUAAUUUCAAGAUGGAAUGAUUAACAUAAAUAAUAGUAAAGACAUGGGACAUUAUGGAGAA